UUUGUGGCUUUCGUCUAAGUACUCCUUUCGAUUGAAGUAUGGAUAUCUUCUGCGGUCUAUGGUCUACUUAUCGUUUAAGUAACUCGUAACUAAUUUUCUGAUCUGUCUUUAACUUUCAAUUCAUAAUGGGCAUGAAAGUAAUUGCGGAAAUAUUUAUCAGAGAGCAAGAUGUAGAUAUUCGACUGAAAGGCAUAUUUAAUCGUAGGCUUAACCUAUCCAAGUGACCUUUGAAUUGAAAGUUGUCAAAAAUAAGCUCUAUACACAAGGUAUUGUACACUUAGGUCGGAAAUCGGAAUCUAGCUCUCUGAAAAACAUUCGAUAUUGGAGCGAAUUCCAGAAAAAUUUGUAGUAUACCUUUUCUUCUUUUUCGGCACUCGGCUCUCUAAUUGUCUUCCUCUAAGUUCCAAAAAGUAAGGUAAACUCAUGAGUUCGAAUCAAAUAUAAAUCAGAAGAAAUUUAUUGUAAUCUGGGAAGUCUGAAGAAAAUUAGGCAGAUACCAAAAACGUCUAGGGGAAUCGAGAGCCAUCCAAAAAUUCAUAGAGUUGAUAGAAGAUUGCGGAGCGAAGCCACUAUGAACAUGGCACAGCGUCAGGACUCUAACCACCGAAGAUCCCUGAAUCUGCUGGACAAAACGCUGCCCAUUUCGGUGGCCACCGCACCACAGUUGCGAUCUCGACGCCAAUUCAGUUUCAAUGGCCUGCAGUACGAGAUGAAUGGACUGCUACCAUUGCCGCCACCGCCGCCCGCGCCGCAGGUGCAGCUCUCGAGGCUCAGGGCAGGUGGAGGAGGAGGUGGUGGCUCCCAGGAGAAGAAGCCUGGUGGCCACUCCAGCCACUCGCUGAAUGCCAAAUCCAUCGUUGAGUCAGCCGGCGGAGAUGGUGGCACAUCGCGGCCGAAUCGAAGCGGAGUCUUGCCCAAGCAUGUGAGUUUGGGUGACAGAGCCCUGCUGAUGAACGGUGGGGUGCGCAUGCCCAGGAGAAGCGAGGUGGACUUCCCGCAGACAAAAGCCGCAGCGAAAAGGUCAUCCUCCCAGUUUUCCAUCCAAGUCGAAGGGCACGACAAGAAGGUGGAGCGGAAGGACGCUACAGGACUAGUGCAGGAUCGAGAAGCCCUCAGGUGGGAGAAGAAGCAUCGUCGCAGGCAGCAUUCGAUGGAAUUGAGUGAGAGGACGUCAUCCCCGGAUCAGUGUGACCUGACCUCUCAGCAGAGCUGGAUGUUGGCCCAGACCCUGCUUAAGGCCUAUGGAAGCGGACUGGCUCAAACGUCCACCAGGGAUGGAGCGUCCUCCAAGAUGGACUACAUCACUCUGACCGGAUUGGUACUCGGCUGCGUGGCCUCCCAAGCCCUCUUCUUCCUGUGCUGGUACUUCAGCUGGCUGAAGAACCAGGCGAUUGGACUACGUAAACGCUUUCUGGGCAACGCCAAUCUGUGGGAGUUCUUCGACUUGGAGGACACCACCCGGUACUCAGUGCAGACCAAACUGAUCUUGGCGCCGCUGAUCCUCAUCUGCAGUCUGCUCUACUGUGUGGUCAAUCUGCUGCACCUGGUGGUGCAGGUGGUGCGAUCGGAUGUGCCGCGCACAGUGGUUGUGUUUGUCCAGCGGGUGGCAAACAGUGGGCUCCUGGGCACCAUCACCAUGGGACUGGCCGGUGCCGGAGGCGGAGGCAGUGCAGCCAAGCGGGGACGCCAUAAUCAAGCGCUGCGAUAAUUCUAGUCACCGGUGCGCCGAAGAUUCUUCGCCUAUCCACCGCACUAGUUAACCUGGUGGCUUCUCAAUUAAAGUACAAUCUUGCUUCAACAAA